GUGGAAGAUGAGUCUCUGCUUUCCAACGCUAAAGCUCGCGUGGAAGAGCUCAAGGAGCGAGAUGCUGCAAGUGAUCACUUGAUCGCUGCGGCGGCUGAGGCCCGUCAGGGCAGCCGCACUCCUGAGGGUCUCCAAACCCUGCAGGAGGCGUUGCAACGAGCCAAGGCCAAAGGCAUUCCAGAGAAGGAGCUGCAGCAUGGUGAGCAGGUCCUGGCCGAGGAGAUGCCGCGCGCGCAGGCUAGACAACAGUUGCGAGAAGCGCAGGCAAAAGGCACCAGCGCUCUGCGAGAGGCCAUUGCAAUGGCCAAAGCCACAGGCCUCUCGCCAGAAGAGCUGGCACCUUUUGAGGAUCUGCUUCAAGGAGCCGAAUCCAAGGAAGCAGCUACCGCUGCGCUGAAGAAGGCCACAGAUGCGCGAGACGUCGCGGCGCUCACCUUCGCACUCCAUCAGGCCAAGGAGGCAGGCGUGGAUGCUGACCUCGUUGCUGCAUCCCAGGCGGUUUGGGAAGUUGAGGCGCCGAAGCAGGAGGCUCGGGAGCUUCUGGCGGCCCAACUGGCCAAGGCCAUUCCAUUCGUUCCCUAA